UAUUUUUUUUAAAAAAAUAGUUUCUCCGGUAUAUUUUUAGAAAUUAGGGCUCAAAUGCGCGCGCUCUCUCUCUCUCUCAUUCGGGAUUUCUUCAGUCGUCUCUGAUCUCUGUUCAGCGACAGCCCACGCUUGUCACUCCGGUCCGGCGACAGUUUGUUUUCCGGCGAAGUUCUCCGUGGUACCCACUCUGCUCCCGAUCUCCCCUCUCAUCUUCUAAGUUAAUGGUCCAUUGCAAUUUCUUGAGCAAACAUGGCAUUGAGACUGAUUACCAGGAGUUUGAGAAGCAAGCAGUUGCCUAUGUUCACUACUGCUUCUCUGUUACAUUCUCAUGCGACAAGCUUCGGGUUUAAGGAUGUACGAGAAGAAGAAAAAAGCCAAAUGGUUGGCAAUGUCUUCAGCAGCGUUGCUUCGAACUAUGACAUCAUGAAUGAUUUGAUGAGUGCUGGAUUACAUAGAUUAUGGAAGGAUAGAUUGGUUUCAAAAUUAAAUCCAUUUCCUGGAAUGAAGCAUCUUGAUGUGGCUGGUGGGACAGGGGAUGUUGCUUUCAGGAUCCUAGAAACUAUAAACAGUGUUGACCAUAGAGCGCUGCAAGAUGCUCUUGAAGAUAAUCUACAGGAAGAAACUCAGAUAUGUGUCUGUGACAUCAACCCAAAUAUGUUGAAUGUUGGUAAAAAGCGGGCCCAAGAGAGAGGACUUGGAAAUCACCGAUCCCUCAUAUGGGUGGAAGGAGAUGCUGAAGCUCUACGUUUUGAAGAUAAUUCAAUGGAUGGUUACACAAUUGCUUUUGGGAUUAGGAAUGUUACACACAUAGAAAAAGUUCUUGCUGAAGCUUACAGGGUACUUAAAUCUGGAGGAAGAUUCCUUUGCCUUGAACUGAGCCAUGUAGAAGUUCCAGGAUUUAAGCAGUUGUAUGAUUACUACUCAUUCUCAGUCAUUCCAGCCCUUGGAGAGCUAGUUGCAGGUGAUCGGGAGUCUUAUCAAUACUUAGUUGAGAGCAUUCGUCGCUUUCCCCCUCAGGAGAAAUUUGCUUCAAUGAUUGCAGAUGCUGGAUUUCAAAAAGUUGAAUAUGAAAAUCUUGUUGGGGGAGUAGUGGCGAUCCAUUCUGGAUUGAAGUUUUAGAAGCAUCAUCAUGAAGUACAUUCAGUCUUGUCAAUUUCUUCUUGUUCCUAACACCUGAAGUCGGUAAUUAGCUUCAAAAAUUUUUGCCAAUCCAUUCUGAUGGGUGAUUUUUUAUUAUUAUUUAAAAGUAGUUUUGUUCCAAUGUUUAAUUCA